AUGUCUCAAGUUCAUUACAAAUUCAAGUCCUCCAAGGACUAUGACUCUGUAACAUUUGAUGGACAUUCCAUUUCGGUGUUUGAUCUCAAAAAGGAGAUUCUCAUCGCGAAGGGUCUCAAGGGACCAGAUGAUUUACAGCUAACGCAUGCAGAAUCAGGAGAGGAAUACUAUGAUGACGCUACACUGAUCCCAAGAAACACAUCAGUCUUAGUGGCGCGUGUACCUGCUAAGCCAGGACGAGGUGGUGCGCAACGAUAUCUUGAAGGCUCAGGACCAAUUCCUCGAGGAGGAGGCAUGACUAGGAAUAUGCAACAACGGCCUCCCCCUAGUACUUUUGUUUGUUAUAGAUGUGGUAAGAAGGGCGAGCAUUGGAUUCAAUUCUGCCCUACCAAUAACGACAAAUCAUUCCAACCAAUGGGUAUCAAGAAAACAACGGGGAUCCCAAGAUCAUUUUUGAAAACUGUGGAAGGUGAUGGCGUUCAGAGCAAAAAAGGAGUCAUGGUCACGCAGGAUGGAAACCUCGUCGUCGCAACUACUAAUGACUACGAGUGGAAAAAGUUUCAUGAGAAAUCAAAGGGCUCUUUGACAUCUGAAGAAGCCUAUGCGACCGCACCGGUGCCAGACGAUAUGAAGUGCCCGAUUUGUCAUCUACUUUUGAAAAGCGCGGUUCGUGCUCCAUGUUGUAGUACCAACUUCUGUGAUGAAUGUAGGUGA